ACGCAGGGUUGCGGGGCGGUGGGGGCCGGUUGGAGCCACGCCGCGAGGCCGGGAUCCCGCUCCGGGGUCCAGCAUUGCCCGGCGCCCCUCCUCCGCGCUCCCUCCAGUUCUCCUUCGCCGUCCCUGGGCGUGCGGAUGGAGGGUGCGCCGAGACCUCGGUCCGCCGGGAUCCCACACGCCGUCCCAAAUUGCCGCCCCCAAAGCCGACAGACCCGCACCCCUUUAAACCUCUUCAAUGUCCAAGACGCCGCCACAGUGUGCCGGGCUCCUGGGGGAUGCCGCGGGGCUCAGUGCGUCCAUUUCCAUAUUGGAACCGAGAGCCUUCUCACCACGCGGUGAUUUCCGAAGGCCAGGGCGCUUGACCCCCAAAUCCUGGUCCCCUGGCCUGUGCCAGGAGCAGACAGACAUUCAUCUCUCCCCUUUUUUCAGAAUUUUGCACAAGAAACAAUCUACUUUGGGAAGUGAAGAAUGGAAUCCUUGGGAAGGAGAUGAGAAAAAUGAGCAACAACACAGAUUUAAAACUAGUCUCCAAAUAUUAAAUAAAUCCAUGAAAGGGAAAACAGACUUCCGAGUACAGAUCUGGGGCAAAGCUGCCAUUGGUUUGUAUCUCUGGGAGCAUAUUUUUGAAGGCAUACUUGAUCCUACUGAUGUGACUGCUCAAUGGAGAGAAGGAAAUUCAAUUGUAGGAAGAACACAUUACAGCUUCAUCACUGGUCCAGCCGUAGUCCCAGGGUACUUCUCAGUUGAUGUGAAUAAUGUGGUACUUAUUUUAAAUGGAAGAGAAAAGGCAAAGGUCUUUUAUGCCACCCAGUGGUUACUUUAUGUACAAAAUUUAGUACAAACUCAAAAACUCCAGCAUGUUGCUGUUGUUUUGCUUGGAAAUGAACAUUGUAACAAUGAAUGGAUCAACCAGUUCCUCAAAAGAAAUGGAGGCUUUGUGGAGCUGCUUUUCAUCAUAUAUGACAGCCCUUGGAUUAAUGACAUGGAUGUUUUUCAGUGGCCUUUAGGAGUAGCAACGUACAGGAAUUUCCCUGUGGUGGAGGCAAGUUGGUCAAUGCUGUAUAAUGAAAGGCCCUACUUAUGUAAUUUCCUAGGAACUAUUUAUGAAAAUUCAUCCAGACAAGCACUCAUGAACAUUUUGAAACAAGGUGGAAUUGAUAAGCUCUGUUGGGUCUCAGUAAGAGAACAGUGGCAGCCUCAGGAAACAAAUGAAAGCCUUAAGAAUUAUCAAGAAGCUUUGCUUCAGAGCGACCUCACAUUGUGCCCAGUUGGAGUAAACACGGAAUGUUAUAGAAUAUAUGAGGCUUGCUCCUAUGGCUCCGUUCCUGUGGUGGAAGAUGUCAUGACAGCUGGCAGCUGUGGAAAUACAUCUGUUUCCCAGAAUGCUCCUCUGCAGUUACUCAAGUCCAUGGGCGCUCCCUUUAUCUUUAUUGAGAACUGGACGGAACUUCCUGCUGUUCUAGAAAAAGAGAAAACUAUGACUUCACAAGAAAAAAUUCAAAGAAGAAAAAUGUUACUUCACUGGUAUCAACACUUCAAAACAGAGCUUAAAACAAAAUUUACUAAUAUUUUAGAAAGUUCAUUUUUAAUAAACAAUAAAGGUUAACUAUUAAUUAUC